AUGGCAGGGAAGGCUGGCAGCCCUCCAGAGGCUGCGACACUAGAAGCUCAGGCGGAGGCUUCUGGGCCCUCUGCGCUUCGCGGAUCCAUCUGCGUGACUGCCGCCGACAGGUCUUUGAUCCUGUGGCGACAAGAGUGUGGAGUCUGGCAGUCCUCCGAACUGCGCAGGGGACCCUUCCGGGUCACGGAUGUCUCGCUAAACGACUCGGCUACGCAUGUGGCCUCCGUCGCCGGUACAGCAGUUGCCGUGGAUGGGCUCUCAGGGGGCGCCUCCUGGACUUGCACCUUCCCAAAGCCUGUGCUAACAGUGGCCAUUUGCCCGCAAUACGCGGAGGCAGCUCCGGGCUUGCGCGUCCUCUGCUCCGGCGGCGAGGAGGGUCGCCUUGUCCUCAGCCGCCGUGGCUCCCUCGAGACGCGGCACGCAACCCUCCACCACGGAGAGGGGCCGAUUACAGCCAUCCGCUGGCGUGGAGGGCUGGUUGCAUGGGUCAACAGCAAGGGUGUGAAGGUCGUGGACGUCGAGACCUACCAAAAAGUCACUUACAUCGCGCGGCCUCCAGGCUCUGUGAACCUUUGCUGGCUGAGUGAUGAUGCUCUGCUCAUCGGCGGAGACCAGGACAUACUCCUGGCCGAGUUUCACUCCAAGCUCGGGGGUCCAUCGGGAGUGCGCUUCGCGCGAAUAUCGCAGCGCUUUGCCCUCUCUGGGGACUUUGUGCAUAGUUUGGCGCAGCUGGAUGCUGCUCAGCUUCCAAAAUCUGGAGCCCUAUGUGAAGCCUUGAGGCUGUGGCCAAAGACGACGAAGCCGACGAAGCCUCUCAUGGCUGCGCUUCAGAGAGCUCUCAGACCUGAAGGCAGUAUCGAAAGCGGCGAAGGUCCGGCUUGGGAACCGCAAGCGGAGAAUUGCGAGGAGUCUGGCGCUUCGGAGGUUUUAGCAUCGCUGCAUGAAGCAAGGGGCGACGCGACGUCCGCCCUGCGGCUUCUAGCCGCUGCCGGCAGCCAGCGGGUCUUUGCACUGCUGCGGCGGCACCUGGGCCAAGGUGCAGACCUCGGGGCGGUUUCGGCAGUGCUGCCACGGCUCGUUGCGCUGCAUCCUGGCCAGAUGGCCGACUUGGCAGCGGCCCAUCCCGAGAGCCUGAAGCCUGCGGAGCUGCUCGCAGCUCUGGCGCCGCACGGCGCGGCCUGGGAGCUGCGUUACCUAAGGCUUCUCGCUUGGCGCUCUCCAGAUGCGGCCAAGCACUUCCGAGAUCGAAUGGUGCAGCUGACAGCAGAACUGCGGCCGCAUCAUCUGAGGCCAGUGUUCGUGCAGUCUGCCUCCGAAGAGAAAGAGGAGACCUCUUCUACUUCUUCGGUCCAUGGCAUGUGGUUGGAGGCGGCCUGGGCGUCCGGCUCCAGGGAGGCGGCCUCUGCGCUGCUCGCGCUCGGCCAUCCGGAGCAGGCUUUCCACUUGCAGCUCUUUGAGCUCGGGAGCGUUCAUGGAGCCCUAGACGUGCUGACUGAGGCCAAGCUCCCGGAAGAAAAAGAGCAAGAGUUGCUGCAGGAGCUGUGCGCAGCAGCGGUCCAGGAUGGCCACCUCUUCGCCUCUCUGCUCGCGGCGGUCCUCAGCCCAUCCGGUGGGGUGCCGGGGAUGAAGGUCUCCACCCUCUUCCAACAGCUGCCCCCAGGCCUCGAAGUUCCGACUGCUGCCGUCGCGCUGCUUCUUUCUCUAGACUGCGACCUCCACGAGCUGGCUCUGACAAGGCUACGCCGCAGCGCUGCGGAUGCGGCCCUCGCGCUGCAGACGGUGGUCCCUCCGCCGUUUCAGCAGACUGAUGAGAUGUACUUCACGCAGAUGACCUCCGCGACCGUUAGCAAAGUCUUGGUGCAUCAUUCUUUUUGCGGCUGCGUGCAGCGCUUGCUGCAGGUGGUGGUGGUAGGCGCUGUUCAAGUGCAAGCCUGGCAGGCCAAGCCGCUGAAGAAGCAGCUGCCCGAAGUUUGGAACGAAAAUUGUCGAGCUCAUGAUAUUGUUGACAAGAGGACUGUCCUCUACUCGAAGGCUGCCGGCACUCAGCAGCUGUCAGUUUCGGCGGACAUCACUGGUGAGGCGCUGAAAGAGAGGCUUCGCGAAGCCUUGGGCCUGGAUGCAGAGGUGACUUUGGCGCUGAGUUUCCAAAACGGAUCACGAAACUCCGUGAAGAAAGUCUUGGAGGCACAGCAAAGCCUUGGCGAGCAGGGCGUCGAGGACGGCGCUUCGUUGACAGUUAAGGCUGACGCCGUGGAGGUUCGGCCGGAGAAUUCCUUCCUGCGGGAGUCCAUUCGUAACAACGGUGGCAACAGCUACUACUAUGCGCACGCCAACGAAAAGGAGCUUCCACCGGAGCUCCGCUACGUCUAUGGGGGCGAGCCCAUCAAGCUUGAGUCCCAAAAUGCAGACUCAGGUGAUGCGAUUAAGGCAUCUGCUGCCCGGCCCCUGACAAAGUAUUCCUGGGCAGACGAGGGGGACUUUGUCUGCAUCUACGUCUCGGCCGAGGGAGAGCCUGAGGCAAUUGAGGCAGCCAUUUGCGGAGAAGUGAAGGUCAGUUUUGAUGUGCGUUCUGUUGAAGUGCGCGUAUGUGACGGCGCCAAGGAGUUCGCUCUGAGCCUCAAGCAGCUGGAGGGCGAAAUUGUCGCGGAGGAGUCCAAGCACCGCGUGAGCGCAGGGAAGAGGACCAUGGCCCUCAAGACGGGUUUAGGGUUUAGGGUUUAG